AUGUCUCCUCCGAAAUCCUCAUCGGGUAAACCUGCAAAACCCCUGAUUCCGAGCGUUUUUGGCCCCUAUCCGCCGUCAAUUCUCUCAGCGACGAACCUGGCUGAGGUUAGGGGUUCCACCGGGAUCUCGUCUAAAAUUGAACUCAGAUUCCCGGAGUCCCAUGAAUCCCCGGAGAACCCUCCUCCGGGGUACUGCUGUGCGUUCGAGAUCUACUUCUCCGCGUGUGGCCUGUCACUUCCCGUACCCGAACUCAUCGUUAAGAUGAUGUUCGAACUAGGCUUCGCUCUCCCUCAAAUGUGCCUGAACUUUGUUCGGACUGUUAUGUGCCUACAAACCUUGGGGGAGGAGUUCAAUUACCAGCUAUCACUGGCGGACUUCCUCCAGGUGUAUACCGUGAAGACGGGUCGCACCAAGGGAACGCUCUACGUGAGCCCGCUCUCUGGACUGAAGGUCUUUGAUGACCUUCCGGAGAAGGAUGAGAAAUGGCGGAAGUCCUACUUUUUCUUCCCGGUCAACGAGCUCACUUUCGGCCAUCGCACGAGCUUGUUCGUUUCGAAGUGGACCUCGAAAAUUGGUAGACCAGCGUUUCUUGUCAGGUCCAGCUCGAGUAGUUCUUCUCGAGCUUCUGCAGCCAAGGGCAAAGCUCGUAUUUCUAACAAGGAUCCCUCUGAAUCCUCCGUUCCCGAGGCGAGCGGGAUUUCUGCGCCUCCAACUGCUUCUCCCGAGCCUGGUACAGAAUCAACCAGGGCUCAAGCUGCACCAAAGAAGACCUCUGCUGAGGCCUCCUCUGACUCGUCGAAGAAGAGGAAGGAACCUGAGACCGCCUCCUCUUCUCGUGAAAAGGGGCGAGCCCGAACUGGCCCAUCAGGGAAUGAGCGGAGUAGAUCUAGCUCGAAAGACAGGGGUCCCUCCUUAGUGGGGAGAUCUAAGGAGGCUCCGCCACCUAAAGACUCCGGAGGAAUCCUUCUAAAGGAACAACGUCCCUUCGCCCGAGGUAAAAAAUUUUCUGCGAUUUCCCCCUGCAUCCCCAGCCGAUCUAAUGAGGAGCUACGUUCCACCCGGAGUCGUAUUCCGGCAUUCGCAGACAUGACCGAGGUCAACCGUGCGAACUUCUUUCGCUUCGCGGAUAAAAUCGGCGAGCUAAUGAUCGAGUUUAACUCCUCGGUUGCGUCCUAUGAGGAACAACUGUUCGCUUCCUCCUCGUCUUCCGAAGUGCACCUCCUUCAAGAAAGGAUUGCCGACUUAGAGGCUCAGGUGAAGGAGUAUGCCCGACUGGAAGCCGAGAAUGCCGACACCGUGGCGAAAGCCGAGCGGAUCCGAGCUCGGAUGAAGAAGGUUGAGGUAGAGGUGCUCAACCUUGGGGUUGCUAACGAGGACCUUUGCGACAAGCUGAAAAAGGCGGGGGACCUUUACUUCAAGGCGGCGGAAGAUGCCAAGGCAGCAAAAACCAGACUGCACGAGAUCGAGCUCCGCAAUCAAUUACUCGAAGCUGGCAACAGCUGCGAGAUUGAAAGAGUACGGAGGGAGGAAAGGCAGGCAAUGAGGCGAACUCUCCGCCCCUUAGUUGAGGAGGUGAAGGUCACCUUCGAAGAGAGGGAAAAGCUAGCCCCGCUCCAGAUCCCAGCUGCCGAGAUCCGGGCUAACCGGAUGCUAGUAGAGGAGAUCUCCAGGGGCGAGAUCCAAGACAUGGAGGCCGAGCUCGGAAUCCUGAAAGCUGACGAGGAGGAAGCCGAUGAAAGGGUUUCAAAGGUAACUCCCCGUGAUCAAGACCUCGCUGCAUUCUCAGAUCUUUUGGCGGACACUCCCGAUCUCUUGUGUAACGAGCGCCCGCUUAGUGUCACAAUCGACGAGUCUGGUAAUAACUUCGGGCAAAUCUCGAAUCAGGGGAUAGACGACUAUCUAGCAAACACCAGGUCGGAAGAGGAGCUCGCAGAGAUGGGUUUGGCUCUCUCCGAAGCGGCGUCAGAUCCCCCUCUCCCUACUCAGUAG